GGCUCGGACCGCAGGUAAGUCGGAGUUGGACAGGUUCGAGGUACGCGUCCGAACCAGCUGGAGCCCGUGUUCUCAUCAUGUCGGAACCGAGGUACCGCGACUGGAUUCUGGAAACCAUCGACUCGCUGCGCUCGAGAAAAGCGCGACCGGACCUGGAAAGAAUAUGUCGAAUGGUCCGAAGACGACACGGUUCGGAGCCGGACCAGACCCGUUCGGAACUGGAGAAACUGAUCCAAGAGCAAGCGGUGCUGAAAGUUAACUACAAGGGCUCGGUUUCGUACCGCAACGCCGCCAAGGUGCAGAGAAAAAGUCGGAAAAAAACGGCGCAGACGAGCGACUGCGCCCCGCACGCACGGACGGCACGCGACGGCGCGCGCACUCGCGCGGACCGGGCGCAGAUCGCGGAUUCAGAGGUAACGGGAGCGAGUCGGCCCAGUGACCCCGAACCGAGCGCGUCUCCGGCUGCAAAGCGACGCGAAACGACUUUUCCUCCGGCUGCCGAGGGCUGUGGUGCGGGCGAGCGCGGUCACACGACAUGCCGCGCAUCCGAGAGCGGCGCUCACAGGGACGAACUGCCGCAAAUGCGCGGCCGCAAGCGCUCGCUCAGCCUGGACGAAGACGCCGUCAAUGACAAUGGGACUGAUGCGCCUGGUCACGCACAGGCGGCGCGCGGAGCGGAGCGCGACCGCGACCCCUCGACCGGGACAGGGACCUGCGCGAGCGUUGCUGCCCAACGCAAACUCCGGCACGCGCAGAGACCGCGGACCGAGCUGGGACCGCAGCUGGGGACCGAAGAAGCACACGGGAGCCAUACUGAUCGCAGCCGUGCGGAGGAGGGCGACAGGCUCGCGGCUUCGGUCCCGAGUCCGGCGAACAGAGAGCGGAAUUCCGCCACAUUGAACGGAGCCCAGCCUGCGGACCUGGAGGGGAUGCCGGGAUCCCUAGGCGCUCCGGAGCGCCUGUCGGAGAACAGACAUAGCCGCAGCAAAGUGAAGGAGGUCCAGGGGAGAGAGCUGGACAGCGCUCGGCGUCGCAGAUCCACACCUGUGGAGAAAGCCAUGGUAACCAUGGAGACUGAUAACGGUAACGGUGAAGAGGAAGAUGAGGAGGAAGACACUCAGGGGCACAGAACACCUCUUCUCGAAAACCACGCUUUGAGGAAUGCAGGAACGCCAUCAGCUUCCGCAGUCAUCCACACACCCAUGGCUUCUGAGUAUUCGCCAGGAUUAAGAGAGGAGACCUCUCAGAGUCUGAAUGAAACCCGCAUCACUGGGAGCAACCUCAGCCCAAACAGGAAGCCAGAGCCAUCUAUCGCCACCCAUUUGCCAGCUAAGAAGGAAGUGUGCAGCCCUGAAAGGUGUCUCUCAGUGUGCUGCCUGGCUGUGGACCCACACAUAGGACUGCAGAAAGAAUCAGGAAACCCAGGUGCUGGGCUGCAGCCCCGUGCAGUGUAUCCAUCCGUCCACCGAGAGACAAUAAAGGUGGAGGAGGAGGUUCCAGCAGAGGAGUGUGCCGUCACACCCGAUCAGCUGGAGUCUGAUGCAGCAGCUGUGCAGGAUCAGGUCAUGAGGGGGUCAGGCCGUGGGCAGAUGUCCUUCGUUCCUACUCAGGAGUACCUGGGGUGUAAAACGAGUGUGGACGCAACUUCCUGUCUACUGACACCGACUGCCUCUCCCAGAUGCCAGGACAUCACAACGGAAGCAAAGAUGACCACAGGAAUGUACCUGAAGACACACCACAACCCCGCACAGUGGACCGUGGCAGAUGUGGUGAGCUACUUCUCUGCAGCUGGCUUUCCGGAGCAGGCCGCAGCAUUCAGGACUCAGGAAAUUGACGGGAAGUCCCUCCUCCUGAUGCAGCGAAGCGAUGUGCUCACUGGCCUGUCAAUCAGACUUGGCCCUGCCCUCAAGAUCUACGAGUUCCACGUGAAAGAGCUGCAGAGGACCCACUUUGAGGAUGAUGGUUCUGUGUGUUGACGGACCCCACAGGCCACACUGCUAGGAGCAGGUCCAGGUCCUUGUGCUGGGGUUAACUCACUCACCCACCACCUCCUUCUUUCACUCUCUCUCCCCAAUCCUUGGGUUCAACCUUUCUUCAUAUUUCUGUCUUCACACCCCCAUUGUACUCCCAUUUGGAGCUGGCCAGCACCUCCUCAGCCUUGUCCCGCACUCUGCCCUGAGUCCACCACCCUGCUUUAAAGAGUUGAUCAGUUUCUUUCCACAUCAACCGUGGUGAAACCAUUGUGCCGAGCCCGGUUCACCACAGCAGGGCGCUGGACUCGGACACAAGUAUGGAAAGGAGAAAAGUUCUUUCACUGUGGAGAAGUUCAUAGGGUGCUUGUCGUAAGUGAUGAAAUUUUCGUGCAGUCAGGUGCCAGACUCUGGCUCUCUCUUUAAAAAGGUAAUUAUUCAUCAUUCCUUAUUAUGGUGAUUGUGUUCCGGUGUCCCUGGCUGUGUAACCCCUCUGUGCUCCCACAGGUGGCACCAUUGUCACAGUCCACCUUACAGAAAAAAUAGAUAGAUAUUUCUUUCCCGCAGGUACGGAUUUUUUAUAAAUAUGUGUAACUUAAGUGUUGUCUCCAGAAGAGCUGAACCUGAGAUGCAGUGGGGUAUUCUGAUGCUACCUUAGUGGAGAGC